GGUAAGUUGCCACGUCAGCAGACCACGUCAGCAGGCUACGUCAGUACGUCAGCAGGCCACGUCAGCAGGCUACGUCAGCAGGACACGUCAGCAUUGCCAUGUCAGCAGCAAGGGAUACCACAUCAGCAGGCACCGGUCUGGUCUAUGUUGUUGUGUUCACAGACAGCAGUCAUGGACCAGAAGGUCGGGGAAACAGACGAGGCCUAUCAGGCCCGCAUCUUAGCCUGGAGUACCGAGACAAAGAAGCGGGCAGAUGACGCUGCCGCAGCAGCAAAGAAAAGGGCAGAGGAUGCCGAGCAGGCACGUCUACUGGCGGUUGAACAACAGCGCCAGCAUGACGAGGCAUCAGCAAGGGCUGCCGAUGAAGAAAGAACACAGCGUCGUGAGAAGAUACUCACCGGAGAGCGGGCGUUAGUUACCAUGGCAGCAGAAUGGCGAAGCGAGGCCGAGAAUAGCCAAUUAGAGGAUAGCGCAAACAAGAUAGCGCUCCUCCUCUCGCAUCUCACGGAUCUCCUGGCAACCUGCAUUACACAGCAGGCGGAGAUCCUUGGUCUCGACAACUCGGUAGCUCAUCUCCAAGACCGCCUCCAGCGGUUGGAGCAGCGACCAGUCGCCGCCGCCGGCACAGGCUCUUCCAAUACUGUCGACCGCCUCACCUCAUUGGAGAUGCACGUCGGCUCCCUCCAGGACGGCGCACAGUUACAGCAGACCGCGACGCAACAGUUGCAGCAGCGGAUCUGCACUACCGCCACCACCUCGAGUCCGGAGCCGCACGAGACAGCUCCUAAGUUCGAUGGGCAGGAGAUCUUGUGCGACUCAAUCAAGACGGAUCCAAUUCCAUGGUUUCGCAAGUUCGAGCUCACGCUGCAGCUCCACAACGUCAAGGAAUACAAGCAUCACGCAUACUUGUACUCUCGCUCAGGGGGCGCGUUGGACAACCUGUUGUCCAAGUACGGAGUGGUAGCUAACGACUUGCACACCAAGAUCACCUGGGAUGAUCUGAAGGCGGCGUGGCACAAGCGGUUCCAGGUGGAGCCGCCAGAGAUCAAAGUCAUGGGCAAGCUCAUGGUCUUCGAGCAAGGCACGCUGCCGAUGCGGAUCACACGGUCAACUUCCAUAGGCGGAAUCUUAGCGUUCGCGACGUUCGUGCUGGUCUACUUAGACGAUAUUCUCCUCUAUAGUCGGACAUUGGAGGAUCAUCUUGGACAUCUUCGACGAGUAUUGGAGACGCUCCGCCGUGCCAAGUACAAGGCCAACCGCGAUAAGUGCGAAUUUGUCCGGCAAGAGCUGGAAUACUUGGGCCAUUUUGUUACACCGGAGGGCAUCAGUCCGCUAUCAAACAAGAUUCAGGUCGUCCAGGAGUGGCCGGAGCCUCGGAACGUCACAGAUGUCCGCUCGUUCCUCAGUCUUACCGACUACUAUCAGCGCUUCAUCAAAGGUUACUCCAAGAUCGCGGCCCACUUGAACAAGCUUCAGUGCAAGGAUCAACCGUUUGACUUCGGAGAGGAGGAGCGAGGAUCAUUCUUCGCUCUCAAAGUCGCGCUGUUGUCUGCGGAGGUCUUGCGGAUAUACGACCCACUCGCGCCUACACGUGUCACUACGGAUGUGUCAGGCUAUGGCAUUGGUGCAGUCCUCGAGCAACAUGAUGGUGUGGAUUGGCACCCGGUCGAAUACUUCAGCAAGAAAGUGCCUCUUGUGCAUUCCAUUGACGAUGCACGCAAAAAGGAGCUCCUCGCCUUCGUCCACGCGCUCAAGCGGUGGCGGCACUUCCUCCUUGGUCAAAGACAGUUUCGAUGGGUAUCGGACAACAAUCUGUUGGUCUUCUACAAGACCCAAGACACCGUCAACAGCACCAUCGCUCGAUGGAUGGCUUUCAUCGACCAGUUCGACUUCUUUCCCGAUCACAUUCCCGGGAAGUCGAAACGUUUUGCGGAUGCUCUCUCACGGCGUACGGAUCAUUGUACCGCAGUCUACUCGACCUUCGAGAUUGACGACGACCUGCGGAACAACUUCAUCCGCGGUUACCAAGUCGACCCCGAGUUUCGCGACAAGUACGCGAAUUGCUCCUCUCCUAAUCCGACUCCUUCUCACUACCGGAUCCAAGAGGGGUACUUGCUUGUCCACAUGCGGGGGAAGGACCUUCUUUGCGUACCUAGUGAUCCGCACUUGCAUACUCGGCUUCUUGCGAUUGUCAUGGACAUCACCGGCCCGUUCCCCAAGCACAAGACCGGAGUGGAUGGGAUUCUCACGGUGGUCGACCGACUCACCAAGUUGGCCAUGUUUUUGCCUUGUUGCUAUCAUGCCAAGGCACCGGAGUUGGUCGAGGUUCUGUAUGCUGGUUGGAUUCGCACCAAGGGUUACCCCAAGGAGAUCGUCUGCGACUGCCACACUCGGUUCAUGUCCGAUUUUUGGUUGGCGCUCAUCAAGCGAUGGGGCUCAUCUCACAAGCCCAGUUCAGCUCGCCACCCUCAGAACGAUGGCCAGACGGAGAGGGCGCAUCAGACCACACAGGUUCUCCUUCGCACUCUCAUCCGCCCCGACCAGAAAGACUGGGUUGAGCGACUGUCGGACGUUGAGUUGGCCUACAACUCUUCCAUCCACCCGGCUAUUGGGAUAUCGCCCUUCGAGUUCGAGCACGGCUCGCCGGUCAUGUCACCGUUGGACACGAUUACUGCACGCACGGCCGAGAGCGACGACCAUCUUCUCUUCUUGCGUCGGAUGCAAGAGCUUCUUGUCAAGGCACGUGACCAGAUGGCUAAGACGCAGCAGCGCAUGAGACAUCAGGCAAAUCGCUAGCGUCUUCCUUGCCCAUUCCGCGCCGGGGACCUCGUCUGGGUUUCAGCAGCGGAAUUCAGCCUUGAAC